CAGCCAAUUAGAGGAUAUCCAUUCACACGUGAGAGAGAGUCAGUAAACUAAUGAGUAGAUCUCAGAUAAAUAUAUAUUUCUACAUAAUCACCAGCCAAUGUGACACAAAACAUGACUAGGAUACAGUGGGACUUCUGAUAUAUACAAUGAACAGCAGCAAUGAGAGUUUUCCUACAGAGUUUGUCAGACGGAAUGAUAUUGAGAACAUUUUUCUUGCCUUUGCGUUAAUGAUUGUGAUGUUGUUUUCUGUAUUUGGGAAUAUUGCGGUGAUGAUUGCUAUAUUUAUGAGCCGGGCUCUGAGGGAAGAGAUGUCAAAUCGGCUGACAAUGAACCUGGCCAUAACUGACCUCUCUAACGGCUUGAUUGUCAUGUUCAGUAGCCUAUCUUCUGUUAUCAAUGACUCCUGGAAAUUUGGCUCGGUGUUCUGUGACUUGAUUUGUGCUAUAAACUACUGUCUUAUUAUCACCUCGAUGCUGACUCUCUGUUUUAUAAGCUGUGACAGGUUCCAGGCCAUUGCCUACCCCCUUCACUACGUCAGCAGAAUCAAGCCCAAACACAUGUACAUCAUGAUUGCCUAUUCCUGGUUCCAAGGGAUUGUUUUCUCGGUGGUUCCGCCGGCACUGCGCUGGGUGGAGUACGACUACUGGGAAGCUAUAUGUGCCAUACAGUGGCACCGUGAGAGACAGCAAGCCGUGUAUUACGUAGUGAUAGCAUUCCUCCUGUGUUUUCUUCUCCCAGGGGUCAUUCUCAUUAUAAAUUACUACAAAAUCAUCAAACAGGUCAAGUCUAAGGUGUCGUGUCCUGGCGGUCCUAUGCCGGCUAAAAGUUACAGCACUAGCUCUAAGGCCAUCAGAAGCCUCCUUAUUGUUGUGAUCGCGUAUUUUGUGUGUAUGACUCCCUUCAGCGUAACAAAGUUAAUGAAAGUGGUCAUAGCACAAGAGACAGUACUUAACAGUCAGAUAAACUCUGUGGCAAGUGUCGUUGCUUUUAUUUCUAGUGCCGUUAAUCCAUUAAUCUAUGGAAUAUUUCGUAAAGACUUCCGUCUAGCCUAUAAGAGAAUAUUCCUAUCUUUUAUAGGUAGAGACAAAGUACACAGCAUGCAGUCUUCUUUACAGGACUAUUCCUCAUAAUGGCAUUGUUUGUAAUACAAUGAGUAAUUAAAACAUGGUGUGUAUAAAAUAACUAUAUAUGGUUAUUAUAAAUGUGUUCAUUUUGUCCCAAAACAUUAAAACUUAGCUCAAACUUGCUUGUGUUAACUGUUAAUUGCAUGAACAAAAAUUCAGUUAAACCACUUAAGCCUAAAGAAUACAGCAGGGAAGAGGGGAAUUAUGAUCAGAAUUUUCUGUUUUAUAUAUAUGUGUAGAUGUAUUACUAUUUAUUCUGAUUUCUUUAGGAACUGACACUGUGUCCAGUACUGAUCUGUUCGAUAUUAAUGAUGAUUAAAAAAAUCAUGGCAUUGAGUG